AUAUCAGAUAAUAUUUAGAAGCUUCCUGGUGAAAAUAUUUCGGAUCUUUUCAAUAAUCUUAUAAAUUCUUACAACUUUUUUCAGAUUUUUUAAUACAAAUUAGCACACUUCUCAGAAGUGCUGAGAAAGUUUGUAUCCUUUCUAAAAUUGUUCACGUAUAUGAAUUCUAAAGUAUUCUGAGAUUUCUCAUUCUAUAAUUUCACACUGACCUCAUAAGAUUUAAUAAAGUUUAAGACAUUUUUUUCAGAAAUUAUAGAAUGCGAAAUCUCAGAAGUGGAAUAUAUAUGAAAAAUUGUAGAAAAGAAAAGAAGUGGACAGUCUCAGUAUUUCCAAUCUCAAUUCGUGUACAACAACUCUGAGAAGAAUUUUUCACCAGGGUUAUAAGAGUCUGUAAAAUCCGCGCGAAAUGUCUCAAUUUCAAAAUUCUUGAUAAGCCGCGACGCCAAGUUGGGACUAAAUCGAAGGCACUUCUCAUUGGCUGACAAUGAGCCAAGAAAUGGUCCUCGGCGCUACACCACGCCGCACCUCGGGUGUAGCCGGUGUAGCGUUCAGUCAGGCGAGGCCGGGCGAGGUUAAGUCAUCUGUCAUCGUCGACACGUGCUCGAGUGCGUGUCGGCUGAAGAGGUCUGUGGAUUCGUGCAAACGCGUGUAUCUCUGUUAAAUUGAACGAAUCGAAGAAUGAACGACGCGGAAGCGGGAUUCUCGUGCGAGGAGGAGAACGAAUUCUACUUCGAGUCCGAUCACCUGGCGCUCAAGGGCAACAAGGAUUACAGCGCUUUCCUGAAAACGAUCGUUAUCCUCGAGGCACAGAGGGUUCAAGCCAUAGAGGACCUGGACAGGCUCAUGUCCGUGCGCGCCGAGGCGCUGAGGGACCCGAUAACGUUCGUCGCGCGGCUGCAGAACGGCGACCUCCCGGAGCUACCUGGUCCGCAGAAGGUCGCGGAGAUCCCCUACGUCGACUGGUCGCAGUACAACAUCACGGUGCCGGAUGCGCGCGUGAGGCCGCAAACUCGACACGGACACGUGUUGCCGCGAAUGCAAUCGAAGACGCGACAGGAAAACGGGAAGGUCCUAGUCAGAGGUCGUGCCUUCGACGAGAGCAAGCCCGAGACUUUCAAUCAGCUGUGGACGGUCGAGGAGCAAAGGCGGCUCGAGGAACUUUUAAUCGAGUAUCCACCCGAGGAGGUGGAGAUGAGACGUUGGACCAAAAUAGCGAACGCGUUAGGGAAUCGAACGCCCAAGCAAGUGUCCAGCAGGGUUCAAAAGUACUUUAUCAAGCUCUUGAGAGCGGGUUUACCCAUACCGGGCAAAGGGCCCAAGUUAAAACUGGACGUGAGGAAAAGUGUGACGAAUAAGCUUCGUAACAAUCACUUCCUGUUUAAACGUUCGACUUUCUUCCCGCAUCAAAACAUCUCCUUCAAUCUGUUGGACGAGAGUAAGGAGCAGCCUGUGGCAGAGGAAUUUGAGGACGAUACGCCGAACGGAGGAGGUGACGAUAAUCCCGAGUUAAGGCAGAUCAAUUUGUUGCGCCAAGUGAAGGCUGAGAAGGAACAGGAUUCUCCCGCGUACAAACACAUUGGGUUCAAAUGUAUGGUGUGUGGCGAGGAGCCUUUAAUUGGUACCAGAUGGCAUUGCGCGGAAUGUCUUAGUGGAAUUGACCUGUGUGGUGACUGCGCAGUGGCGCAAUUGGAAGAAGAAAAUCCCUCGCACGAUCCGUCCCACAGAUUAAUUCCCAUAAAACCACCAACGAGUACUACAAGCUACGACUCGGAUUAUUCUCUGCAUAACUUCAGCGAUAUCUUCUACAAUUAUCUCGAUCCGAAUUUACUGCCCGAAUGACGCAGAUAAAUUUCUUCCAGAGAU